GUUUGCGCGUGAGCACCGCUACUGUCGCAGGCAGCACGCAGAGGCUUCUAGAACAAGGGUGGCCGGCCCGGCGUCAUCAUCAGUCCGAGUACUCACCCCGUUUGGGUCGUUCAGUCCUUAUACCGCAGCUAACAUGGCGAAAUGGGGAGAAGGAGACCCGCGCUGGAUCGUGGAGGAAAGAGCCGACGCUACUAAUGUCAACAACUGGCACUGGACUGAACGAGAUGCAACAAACUGGUCGACAGAAAAGUUAACAUCUCUGUUAAUGGGGUUAAAAGUGGAAAAUGAAGAAGGGGCCUGCGAGAUUACCGAGGUCGGCAAGGUGAAAGGAGAGGCCUCCAUCAAUAACAGAAAAGGGAAACUUAUAUUCUUCUACGAGUGGCUCCUCGAAGCAACUUGGACCGGGAAAUCGAAAGCUGGAUUAAAGUAUAAAGGAACUAUCGAAGUCCCAAACCUGUCCGAUGAAAACGACAUGGAGGAUCUUGAUAUUUCCGUUUCUCUGGGCAAAGAUGAACCAGAGACGCCGCUGCUGAAACUCAUGAAAACAAAAGGUGCGGAGAAGAUCCGUGAAGCUCUUGGAAGCUAUGUUGGAUACUUGAAAACAGAGUUUACACAGGGUAUGAUUCUGCCGACGGCCAACGGAGUGCCCCCCCCACAGGCCACGUCCCAGUCGAAAGCCAAGCUAAACAAAACUCAGAUUUCGUCUUCAGGUGGCACGGCUGCCCCUGUCAACACUGGCGUCAAGAUCCCCACCUGUAAAUUCAGCAUGAGGGAAAAAUUCCUCACGUCUCCCGCCGAUCUGUACAGAGUGUUUCUCAACCAGGAAAUGGUGCAGGCGUUCACACAUGCUGCAGCAACAGUGGAGGGGGAGAAAGGCGGCAAGUUUCGGCUGCUGGAUGGAAACGUCUUUGGUGAAUUUACAGAGCUGGUGCGUGAUGAGAAAAUAGUCAUGAAGUGGCGGUAUAACAACUGGCCAAGUGAGCAUUACUCGGCCAUCACCAUGAACUUUGUGGACCGGGGCAGCGACACGGAGCUGAAGGUGGAGUUCCGCGGCGUCCCCGAGAACGAAGAGGAGAGGACGAAAGAAGGCUGGAAGCGAUACUACUUUGAAGCUAUUAAACAGACUUUUGGCUACGGAGCGAGCCUCUUCUGAAGCUGCUCGCCUGUUUUGGUUUCUCUUUUUUAACUGUCUUGAUCUUUCGGGCACAUGCAUCCCCACCGCACGAUAUCAUUUAGGAGAUCCAGUGGAAGAUUCAAAUGUUUUUGAGUGAAUGGUUUUAAAUUUUUUUUAGUUUUUUUUUUUUCCCUUCAAUAAUUUGGACCCAGCCUGGACGGACUGAUCCUUGUCGGACUGAAAGUGAGAGUCGUCCUUCCGUUAAGUGACAGAAUUAACCGUUAAUAAAAUCAAUGUUUCUGUUGUUACGGAAGAGAUGUCGACAAUUUAAAGUCUUCUUUUGCUGUACGUGUCACCUGCUGGACGUUGUCCGCAGAAAUUCACUGGUUUAUCUCAUUUCAAAUGAUUAAUUUAUGUGCGUUCACCAUCCGAGCGCCCGCCUCCGCUGCAGCUGUCACCAGGUGAGCAGCAGACGGAUAACACACGCUGAACUCAAUUGCAAAUCUAUUUAUUCCUCAUUUCAUUCUGUAAACAAGAGACUAGUUUCUUGGAAUAAAGCAGUCCAUGUAUGUGCUCCAUCUCGUUUUAAUU